AUACGCGCCUAUAGAUACACUAUAUCUAUCCAUCAAUCUCCAUUAAAUUCCUCCACAGCGUAACGCAAUCUGACCGGAGCUGGAUUUUGCGUUUUCGGUUGACCGUUGGCUGAAUUUUCGUUGACGGAAGCAGCAGAUGUUGGGAAAUUACCGGUGAAUUGAGGUCUCCGUCAACGCUAUACGACGUCGCAUUGAGCUUACAAAUCCACUCUUUUUGAGCUGAUUGUGCGAUGAAUAGGCUUUCCUGAGUAGUUUUGUUUCUGUUUUCGGCUGAUCGGAGGUGAGAUUUUGAAUUUUUUGGCUGACUUUUCGUUGGUGGGAGAAGCAGAUGUUGAGAAAUUGAAUUGGGGUAUUCUUCAACGCUAAACGACGUCGCAUUCGGCUCAAGAGCUUACAAAUCCACCUUUUUUCAGUUGAUUGUGUGAUGAAUAGAGUUUCCUGAGUGGUUUGGUGUUUGUUUCCGGCUGAUCGGGGGUGAGAUUUUGAAUUUUCCGGCUGUGGAAACAUGGGGCAUUGCUGCAGCAAAGGCGUCUCCGAUUCCGCCGACAAGGAGGACUUCAUCUCCACCUCCGCCGCCGCCAAUCGCCGCCGGGAGACCCCCGCAUCGGGAUCGCAGACGCCGUCCGCCGCCACCAAUGGGGGCGCACCGCCUCACUCCUUCACGGCGAGCCCGUGGCAGAGCCCCUACCCCGCUGGAAUCGCGCCCUCGCCGUCUCCGGCGAGGACUCCGGGGCGGAAAUUUCGGUGGCCGCUGCCUCCGCCAUCGCCGGCGAAGCCGAUUAUGUCGGCGUUCAUGAAGCGGCAGCCGAGUCCGCAGCCUGCGAAGCCGAUACCGGAGGAGGGCGGCGGGGAAGGGAGCGAGCGGGCGCUGGAUAAGAGCUUUGGGUAUUCGAAGAAUUUCGCGGCGAAGUAUGAGCUGGGGAAGGAGGUUGGGCGAGGGCAUUUUGGGCAUACUUGCUGGGCAAAAUGUAAAAAGGGGGAUUUGAAAAAUCAGCAAGUUGCUGUCAAGAUUAUUGCCAAAGCUAAGAUGACAACAGCAAUAUCGAUUGAAGAUGUUCGAAGGGAGGUGAAGAUUUUGAAAGCUUUGUCUGGGCAUAAGAACCUGAUCAAAUUUUAUGAUGCAUUUGAGGACGCUCAUUAUGUCUACGUGGUUAUGGAAUUAUGUGAAGGGGGUGAGCUGCUGGAUAGGAUUUUAGCACGAGGUGGAAGAUAUACAGAAGAGGAUGCGAAGAAAAUCGUGGUGCAGAUGUUAAGUGUUGUUGCCUUCUGUCAUCUACAAGGCGUUGUACAUCGGGAUCUGAAGCCCGAGAAUUUCCUAUUUGCCACAAAAGAUGAAGAUUCUCCGAUGAAGGUCAUUGAUUUUGGUUUAUCUGACUUCAUAAGGCCAGAUCAACGUCUGAAUGAUAUCGUUGGUAGCGCAUACUAUGUUGCACCAGAAGUACUUCACAGAUCAUACAGCAGUGAAGCAGAUAUAUGGAGUAUUGGUGUAAUAACAUACAUUUUAUUAUGUGGGAGCAGACCUUUUUGGGCACGCACCGAGUCAGGAAUCUUUCGUUCAGUUCUACGAGCUGAUCCUAACUUCCACGACGCACCAUGGCCAUCAGUAUCCCCAGAGGGCAAAGAUUUUGUGAAAAGGCUGCUUAAUAGAGAUCAUAGGAAAAGAAUGACUGCUGCCCAAGCACUUACUCAUCCAUGGCUAAGGGACCUUAACAUCACGAUACCUUUAGAUAUGAUGAUCUACAGAUUAGUGAAGUCGUACAUUCGAGCCACUCCUUUGAAACGUGCAGCCUUGAAAGCACUUUCGAAAGCUUUGACUGAGGAUGAGCUCCUUUACCUUAGAACUCAAUUUGAACUUCUGGAACCAAGAGAUGGCUAUGUCUCUCUUAAUAAUUUCAGAACAGCUCUCAUGAAAAAUGCAACGGAUGCCAUGAAGGAAUCGAGAGCUUCAGACAUCUUGAAUAUGCUGGAGCCCUUAUCCUACAAAAAGAUGGAUUUCGAAGAGUUCUGUGCAGCCUCAAUCAGCACCUACCAGCUGGAGGCGCUCGAGAAAUGGGAGGAUAUCGCGAGUGCAGCAUUCGAGUACUUCGAAGCAGAAGGAAACCGCGUCACUUCCGUUGAGGAACUGGCACAGGAGUUCAGUUUAGGUCCAACUGCUUACUCUCUUCUCGGUGAUUGGAUCAGACCAUCAGAUCGAAAACUGAGUUUUAUCGGGUUUACAAAGUUCUUACAUGGUGUCACCAUCCGAACCUCAAACACCAGACAUCGACAGUGACUCUCUCUCUCUCUCUCUAUCAACAGCUAAAAGAUUGCUGUAUGUUUGUCUGGUUUCGGGGCUUCUCAAAGAAGCUGAUUUGGCAUUUGGGAACAAGAAUGAGAAGAUAUUCCAACAGCUUAUGCUCAAAAGUUACGAGGAAUAUGUCAUUUUACACGAAUUUCUCAUUGUUUGCUGUCGGCUUUAGCUUUGGAGAACGUCGAAAUUAUUCUUUGUUUGUUUUUUUCUUUUUAGAUGCUACGCACAUCGAGUUUCAUUAUAUAACAUCCGAUUUUGUCGAGGUUUAUUCUCUUUUAAAGACUGGUGGUAAACAUGAACCUUUUUGUAAGGUGUUCCAAAGAUGCAGAGACUUAUAUAGUGAUUUCAAUUGUUAUA